ACAUGCAUCCAUUUACAAUGCUUCGACUCUCUGGGCUCCUGCUGGCGGUCCUGCUGUUUGCGGUUCAGGCUGCUGUUUUGGUAAGAUCUCAUUCUGGAGUUCAUCUGCUGCGGCAUAAACGAGCGUGGGUUAUCCCUCCCACCAUACUGAGGGAAAAUGUGGACUACACCCAAAAGGAAUAUAUUUCCAGGAUCCGAUCCGAUCCACCUGAUCAGCCUGGAACUGAAGUCAGGUACGAAUUAAAGGGCAAAGGAGCAGAUCAAUAUCCAUUCCAUGUGUUCGUGGUUGAUGAGAAGGGACUUGUUAGAGUGACCAAAGUGCUUGACAGGGAGCAGAUUCCCGUCUACGAAAUCACAGCUAUUGCCAGACACGAAGAUGGCAGCGAAGUCCAUGAGAAUAUUACACUUCAACUUAAGGUUGAAGAUGACAAUGACAAUCCUCCCAGGUUUGAUUCAUCAAUGAAAGCUGAGGUGGAUGAGUGCAUUCCUGAAGGGACUUCAGUCCUACAAAUCAAGGCCAGUGAUGCAGAUGAUCCAGAAACACCCAACGCUCAGAUUGCCUACUCCAUCAUAGACCAGAAACCACAUGACCAUUUUCAGAUGACCAAGGACGGCCUGAUCUAUGUCGAUUAUCCUCACUUGGAUAGAGAAGAAGAAGAUACAUACAUUCUAACAGUGACUGCUGCAGAUCUAUACGGCGCACCAGGGGGACACACUACAACAGGCACCGUUACUAUCACACUUAACGAUGUCAACGACAAUCCUCCAACUCUGGAAAAAUCUGCAUAUGAAGGAAGCAUUGAAGAAAACACAUUUGGUGUUGAGGUGAUGAGGAUCAAAGCACAGGACAACGACCUCGACAACACGGAAAACUGGGAGGCUGUUUUUGACAUUGUCAAAGGGAAUGAGGAUGGAUAUUUCAGCAUAAAAACUGAUCCCAAAACCAAUGAGGGCAUCUUAAUGCUUGAGAAGGCUGUGGACUUUGAAAAGGUAAAAACCAUGGAUCUGGGGUUAGUAGUACGGAACAAGGCUCCUCCGUUUGGAUCCUCUGGAGGAGGGGCUAGUGGGGCUAGUGUGGGCUUUGGGGCUAGUGGGGGCGGUGGGGCUAGCGGGGGCAGUGGGAGUAGUGGGAGUAGUGGGGGUUUGGGGAGCAGUGGGGGAGGUGGGGGAGGUGGGAGCAGUGGGGGCAGUGGGGGAGGUGGAAGCAGUGGGGGUGGUGGGGGCAGUGGGGGUGGAUCUGGAGGAUCCAGUGGAACAGCUUUGAAGACCUAUCCAAUCAAAAUCAACGUGAAGAACCAGCCGGACCCCCCACAUUUUGAUUCAGUUGCCAAAGCUAUUCCAGUAACACGAAACCAGCCCUUCAGCAUUAUUAACAUCGUUGCCCGUUAUCCUGCAAUAGAUGGAGACACUGGGAAUCCAGCAAAGAAUGUUACGUAUCUAAAAGCCAACGACCCCCUCAACUGGCUUAGCAUUGACCCCCAGACAGCUGAGAUCAAACUGACCAAGGACCCUUAUAGCGACCCGUCUGCACGCCGUCUGGUCAAUGGGACAUAUUUUGCUGAAAUACUCUGCAUCACAGACGAUAUGCCGGCUAAAACAGCUACUGGCACUAUAGCCAUCGAGGUGCAGCCGUACAAUGAUCACUGCCCAAAGCUGACCACAGACUUAAUGUUGAUGUGCACAUCAGAGAACAGGCUGAUUGUUAAUGCUGAAGAUGAAGAUGCAUUUCCAUUUGCAGCACCUUUUAACUUUAGCAUUGACCCAGACGGCACACAGGGGAGCUGGCAGGUGAAGCAAUACAAUGAGACGGCAGCUAUUGUGCAGACGAUGGAGGACCUUUGGCCUGGUGUCUACAACCUGAUGUUUGUGGUGGAAGACCAGCAGGGAAAGUCUUGCCCAGAAUCACAACAACUGAAAGUCAGUGUCUGUGUCUGUAAGGAUGGGGAUGUCUGCAUGAAACCGGAUACGAAGUUAGGAGAUGCAGGCAUUGGCCUUCUUUUUCUGGGACUGCUACUUCUGCUUUUGAUUCCUUUGUUGAUGUUCCUCUGCCAGUGUGGAAGUGCUGCUAAAUAUAAGGACCUCUUUACUGAUGUGCCUUCGACAAAAUCUCAUCUCAUUCACUACGACACUGAAGCCCCCGGAGACAAUGUGGAAGCUGCUGCUUUGCUGAACUUUCCAACACAGAAUAUAAAGGGUGUGGAUCUACAAUAUGUAGAAGCUCUGCCAGGGGCUGGAUUUGAAAUGCAGCAAUCGGUGGCUUCCAUGAAUCAGGGCAUGUUCCAAGGUGUGUCCUCAAAUGGCUUCAGAGACGAAAUGGGGAUGAACAUGUGGGAAGGCAGUGGCUUUGAGUCCGAAACUCGAGAGUCAAGAGGAUAUCAUGACUUGGCUUUACCAGACAGCUUCCUUUCACUCUACUACAUCCAGAAGACCAGUGGAGAUGAGAACGUUGAGAUAACAGAUACCCAGCUGGUGUACGACUAUGAGGGCGAGGGCUCCCCUGCUGGCUCCGUGGGAUGCUGCAGUCUUCUGGAUUCAGACAAUGACCUGAGUUUCCUUGAUGAUUUUGGACCGAGGUUUAAAACGCUUGCUGAAAUAUGUGGUGGCAAAAUAGUCCAAUCUGAGACGACGACACAAGCGGAGACUCCUCUACCUAAUGUUCCUGUGAGCAACGUUCGAGUGUCAGAGCCAGAUUUGUUGACCAGCCAAGAGUUGUCCCAUAUGUCCAUUGUGCAGUCGGCCAACUCCAGAACCGAGCAGAGGUUAGCCAGUGAAAGAAGGGAGCAGUCUGAGAUCAGGGAGAGCAAGGCCGCAGUGAAGGAAGGGAUGACCUCAGUGCAGGCAGGGAUGGCGCACCAGAACCAGAUGGUAGUUCUAAACCAACAGCAACCCGUCUACUUUACCACCGCGCCUAUGAUGCAGCCCAUGCACUAUGUUGUUCAGCAGCCCCUUCAGAAUGCAGUGAUACUAGCUGAGGCACCUGCCUCCAGUCUUCAGCACAUGGUAAUGGUUAAUGGCACUGAUAUCGCCUCAUCCCAGGGAGUUAUUGUUCAAGGUCAGACAAUGAUGCCCAAUGUACAAACCCAGAGCCUUGGGGCAGUGCUGGUUGACAGCAGGGGGAACCAGGGAACCACUGGGAACCUGAUCUCUGGCUCCCAAAACAUGAUGUUUGUUGAAAGCAAUGUCCCUGCUGGAUCUGUAAAAGUACUAAACGGUAACCAGGUUAGCCUUGCUCAGGGUGGUGCGACACUAAACGGGUUGUCAGGAUCUCAGACAAUCAUUAAGAAGCGGGAGUCAAACAGCAGAGGGCAGCAGAGUCAGGGUGGAAAAGGUUCUUUCCAAAAGUCUAAAGUCUCUGGUGUUCAAAAGGUUCAUGUGAUCAGUGGUGCAUCCGGCGGCUCUGAGGGAAGCACCUCUUCUUACACCCUUACUACAUCCACCAACAAUGGAGUAGUUGUUGGGCAGAAGCACAGAGUAAUGAACUAGAGACGCGGCGUCUACUGCAGGAAAAAAUCACCUAUGGUGUGGUCUAGGGUGAUGGGAGCUUAUCUAAAGCAGGUGUUUGGGUUAAGCAAUAGUUCCCAAAGGUUUUAGUGCAGUUACCAUUUGUUCUUAUGUCCUGUAAAGUUAGCUGAAACUGCACAGGCUUUGUUUGGGCAUAGCUUCUACGUUCCCAUGGCCUAAAGAUGCCUUGGAUUAAAAAAUAAUGAGAAGUUUCUACUAUGGCCCUUAAAUUUGCCUGACCUACAGUAGAUAGAUCCAGAACGUAUAGAUACAAACAGCUGAUCAUAGAGGUGACCUGGAAUUACUUUAGGGUUAGGAUUCACUCGAUGAUAACAACCUACUGAGCCUAAUCUAGAGCCAUUCUAUGGGACUGAUAACCUCUAAUAACGACCAUUUAUUGGGAUGAUAUAAUGUUGCUGCAAACAGUGCAACAACAGUGUAAAAGAAGACGGUAUCAACCUGAGGAUGAACCCAUGAGAUGAUGAACUGGUUCUACCUGUUAGAACUUUUUUAUUCUUCAUCUUCACCUGCUGACAGAUAAUUUCACCUAAAUAGAUACAUUGAUCCACUACCAUUCAAGAAUUAAAACAAGUAAUAUAACCCGUCACAACAGUCUAUGGCAAGCCGUUUUGACAUGAAUUUGUUUUACUGAACAUGUAUUCCUGAUAUCUAAAAAAAACUUUUUUUAUUCUCAGGAUGACCAUUUUAAAUAAAAUGGCAUUCUUCACAUCUAUAAUAAACAUUCUGAAUGUCUAGAAAUUAAUUAUAUAUCUCUAUAUUCUUAUUGUUAGUGAUCAGCAUUUGUAUUAUUUUGACUAUAAAGAAAUCUAUUUCCGAUAUCAUAAAUAAAUACUCAGUCAAGCUUAUAAAUAACAGAUGACCACUAAAAAUGUGUAAACAUUUCUAGAUAUACAAAAAUUCAUCCUUAAUAGUAUAAUUCAGUUUUUUACUUUCUGAAAUACAGUUUCUGCAGUGGCCUUCAUAUAAACUCACACAUUAACUCGACCAACAAUCUUCUCCGUCGCCAUCUUCCUCAGCUGUAGAGCUGUUUCUCUUUGUCUCUUAAACACAUUCUACAUUUAUUUUGUUUUAUUUCCUCAUUAAAAUCCCUAGUUCCAGUGGGUUGAAAAAGGCACUUCCUGUUUCCUGUCAUCAUGGUGACUCGUUGAGUCAGGGCUACACUGAGCCACUCCAGUGGCUACUGUGAAAUGAAAAACUCAGAGUUUGUUAGGCUCUUCUUGUGUUUUAAGUUUUUAAAUUGCAUUAAAAAGAAAAUCAUAAUCUUGCCUAAAAUCCUGAAAUAAUGCGUCUGAUUUAGCUUCAGGCAGAAAUGCAACUUCUAGCACAAAGUAACGAGACAUAUUAAACCCCCCCAGGUAGCUGAGUUUAUUACUGAUCAAAUUAAAGCUUUGUCUGUUGUGCACCUUAUUAAACACCCGGCAGGUUUUAGAAAUUCUCUUAUGUAUUCCUGCUGAAAAUAAAGGUAACUGCAAAGAGCUGAUUCCAGCUGCUUAAGCCGUUUUAUCACAGCUACUGUCUGAUAUUUGCUUCGAGGAAAUGGAACGCUGUCACCACUUGUCCCCACAGGGUAACACACACACACUUAAAAGAGGUCAAAAAUGUUAUCUUUAAAAUGGCCAUUUUAUUAUGCUCACUAAAAUUGUGAAAUCCGUUUCCUGUUCACGGGUGAUAAGAAUAUUUCUUUGUGUGUAAUAAUUCUUCUCAUCCUAAACACUUAAUUAUUGAAAUGUUUUUUUUUUCCUUUGAAAAAAUUGUUAAAACGUAUUGAUAAAUGUGAGGCUUUAAAUGAAGAAUUGUAUGUCUGCUACUUCUGGUUGCAGCUAAAGUUUGAUAAGUUUGAGAAUAAAGAAACAUUAUUUAAUUGUG